GGAGGAAUCACUGUAUGAGCUUGCAGGAGAGAAAAAUGUGUACACAGAAAAGUAGUGUAUCUUCUCUUAGAUUGAAGAGGACUUCAUUUCUAGAGAUAGAGUCUCACUAGGUAGCCCUAGCUGUUCUGGAACUCACUCCGUAGAUAGGUUGGCCUUGAACUGACAGAAACCCACCUGCCUCUGCCUCCCAAGUGAUGGAUUUAAAGGUGUGCACUAUGCCCAGCUGAGUUGAUUUUAGACAGGGUCUCCAGUAGGGCAUUUGGUCUCACCGAAAACUUGCUGUGUGUUGAAGUGCUAAUUACUUUGAUUUACAUUAAGUGUUCAGAAACAGUAUAUUCUAGAUCGUUCUUUCUCACUUGCCUUGCAGCAGGAAGUGCUCAGAUAGUAAAAACAAGUAUACAAACAGUCACACAAGCGUAAAAAGAGGAAACAGUUGGAUGGGAACUUUGAAAUCACAUGACUGGUGACUAAGUUUAAUCUUUUCCUCCUUACUGUCGAGUCCGAUGGUCUUCCUUGCGUGUGUAAAGUGUUGGAGAUACCACAUCAUGUUGCCAUUUAUUCUCUUCUCUACGCUGCUUCCUCCCACAUUUGCCGAAUCUGAGCAACAGUGGUUCUGCAACUCCUCCGACGCGACUGUUUCCUACAGCUACUGUGAUAACAUGAAAUUCCCUAUUUCAAUUACUUCUGAACCCUGUGUAACAUUGAAGGGAAGCAGCGGAUUUGUAUAUAUUAACUUCAUUCCAAGGAGAGACUUAAAAAAAUUAUAUUUCAACCUCUCCAUUCAUGUCAACUCCGUAAAGUUGCCGGCGCGCGAAGAAACUAUUUGCCAUGGAUAUGAUGACAAUUAUUCUUUUUGCAGAGCUCUGAAGGGAGAGACUGUGAAUACAAGAGUAUCAUUUUCCUUCAAGGGAGUACUACUUCCUAAGGGCCGAUACAGUUGCAUUGCGGAAGCCAUCGUAGGCGAUGACCAGGAAAGGCUGUUCUGUUUGAACUUCACUGUCAUCCAUCGUCACAAUGUCAACUAGAGUAAACUCAGAAUAUACAUAUUUUAUUUUUGGAAA